AUGAGUGAAGAAAACCUCAGCUCUUGGAUUGGUCAACAAAGAAGAUACAAGGAUGUUCCAGCUGUCGUUGUCCGAGAGCUUAAACAUCGCUUGAAGCUAUCUCCCGCCUCCGAAAACCUACUACCACCUGACAACCUUUCUAUCAUGAACCUACUCAUGUACCCCAUUCCCUCGAUCUCCGGCUCUCUUGUGUUCUUUUCUCCUUCAUCAUGGUUCUUCGAUGAUAAACCGACACACGAGAUUUCUGUCACACUAGGUUACCCCCUUCCGUCCAAAAAAUUACUCAACAGCUUGCUGGAUUGCGUAGGACAAGCUAUGCUUGAUGGGAGGCAGUCUAUUUGCAUUGGUUCAAACCCUCCGGCUCGAGCGAUUCAUGUGCCGUUCGAGGUGCUUACUCUCUGGGGUCGGAUGAUUGAGGCUGCUCUUGCACAGGCGAAAUGGAAGAAAGCAAUGAUGUGGCUAGAUGAGGUUGGGGGGAAAAGGAAUGCGAAGGAUAGUGUGCUGAAGGCGAAGGCACUCGUAGCGAAAGCUCAGUGGAGGGGUCGAAUACAAGGACUUGGGUCAGAUCUCACCUUCACAGAGAUGGCCGAUUUCCUCUCUCGUGAAUGGUUAACAGGUAGCCACGUUGACGCGAUGCUUCGCUUUGCUUCGAAUCGACUCUCAAAAGAUUCGAAGCUUUCAGCAUCCCAUAUAAUCACCGUAUCGUCGCUUUCCCAGGCACUCUCCGAGUCUCCAGAUCUCAAGGCCGACCGACAAACAUAUCUUCGAAAGGUGCCCAAGGUUGUUCGCUCCCAUGGUGAACAGUUGGAACAAUCUCCGACUCAUACACUUUGGAUGGUCUCGCAUACCCCUGGACAUUGGACGACAACAAUGAUAUCUCAUAAUAACCGUGAGAUAAAGUGGGGAGACUCACUCAAUCGACCUAUGCCAAGGAAUCUCGGACAAAGUAUCAAGUCAUGGCUUAAUCAACAUUUGCCGACUACGCAAUAUCGUCUCAGCCGCGAGCCACUUAUCUGUGCUACUCAAAAUGACAGCUAUUCUUGUGGAAUUAUUGCCGUGAAUACCAUAAAACAUCAUGUUUUCGGUGACCAACUGUGGACUGCUAACGACCGCGAAACUCUCCGUGUUUGUGAGUUCAACACAAUCAUGGAAUAUUCACUGGAGUAUGAACUACAGCCACUAUCCGAACUCGUUUCAGUUGACGUGGAUGACGAAUUUGAGAUCCUCGAAGAUAGGCUGCCGCGGGAACAAGUCCAAAAUGAUAGACCUGAAAGCGGAACGAACAAUGCGAAUAAGUCUGAUGCUCACUUAGGUCCUCCAAAUGUCGGCCGACUUGCGGAUUAUCGUGAGCCAUGCCUGGAUGGGGAAAUGAAUAAUCCUGCUUCAGUUAUGUCACCGUCUAACUUAGUUCGGUUAACAAGUCAUUCUCCCCACUCAAAACGCAAACAUUCCCCGUCUCCCGUUUUGGAAGUUGGCCACAAACGACCUCGUAAAAUCCUUGCUGAAUCAAAUUCAACAUCUAAGGUCUUCAAUGGUAAAGGUCGUUCGGCAAUCGCAAAAGCCGCCUUAAAUGCCGCUGUUCGGGAUGGAACAUUCAAGCCAAAUAUCAAGAAGUGGUCAAAUUUUGUUGAAAAGAUCAAGCUGCUUGACGCGAAUGCUGAGUUUGACCUCAAGAACAAGCCCCGGCAUGUUCGCCACUCUCUUUGCGGGAAAUGGAUUGUGUUGUCCACCGUGUACGAUGUCUCGUACUUCAAGGGACAUCUUCCUAGAUGUAAAAGAGAUGCCACACUUUCCAACACCCCGACACUUGACACUGGAAUGGGUAUGAUUCAGAUCGUGUCCCGUACCCAAGCCGAAACCAAGGAUCCGAAACUCCCUUGUACUGGUUUGACAAAGAAGGACGAUCCCCGUAUCGAGAACUACCUCAAACGUACGGCCGUCAUUUCUGCAGGUGCAGAUAAGAGUAUCCACAACAUCGCCGCAGAACUUUAUCCUGGAACCCCCUUCAACAAACUCACCCAAAAACGGAAGGAUAAUGUACGCUUGAAGCAAGAACAGCUUCACCAAUGGGCUCUCUUCCACAAGCGGGGUUUGGUUCGGGCAAUUGGGGCUAAAUCUUGUACUGGGUUGAUGGAAAGAUUUGAUGGGAAGGAUGUACCCUGCCAUGCAUGCCGCGCCCUUCUUUCGCACCAUCCGUUUCAAGCCGCAAUCAACAAACCGAUUCCUGAAGAUAGGUAUAGAAACUUUACGCCACAUUUAUAUCAAUCAGCCGCACUUGGAGAGUUAUAUGCAAAGCAUGCCGGGUUGAGUGAGCUCUUUGAAAAUGUAUGUUGA